CAUAGAGAACUCAAGGAAGUCCAGCCCACGUGUGAGGGCGACCGUCCGGGUCCAUCUCUUGUUGAUAAGGUUGUGGAUAACAGUUUCGAGCGAAGGAAGCAAUAUCAAGCCAAUUACGACGAACGAUUCAAUCAUCAGCCAUUUAGGAAAGUUAAGCACAAAAGGAUCCCUGUCUAUCGGCGAUACCCACGGAUCAUUGCCAUUAGCGCGUUGGGAUUCUGCCUUGGAUCCCUUUACUGGCCAUUCAUUCGAGGAAGGUGGAAUUUGGACAGGAACAAUUUGACCCCUGAACAACAAAGACAAUCGGAUUUGUUGGCCAAAAUUGCCAGUGAGAAAUUGUGGAUGUUUUCGCCGAAAACUUACAGUGUGAAGAGAUGGUUUGAGAAGGACCCCUCCAAAGGUUUCGAAGAGUAAAUUGAAGUUUGGUAUACAUUAACGAGAACAUUUAGAAUGGACAGUGUGAGGAAAGCCAAGGCCCGUUUGGGGUCUUACUCCAAGUGGAUUGCUUCGUGUGGACCGGAAGGCGCUGCUUAUGCGAAAUGUGUGGCCCAAGACCUUGCCGAGGUUCAGAAAGGCCAAUGUCAAGCAGAGUUUGACGCUUUCAAGAAAUGCGUGCAGACUGCCGCCAAGAAGGCCGGCUCCAAACUCUAAACAACUCUUACAGAUUGAUCAUGCUUCAGAAUCUGAGUUGGGCUCGUAGCCCUUCGAGGCUACUCAUGCGAUCCAUUCACACCAUGCAAGGGCCCGAUGCUAAAAAACGAACCCCUGAAGAGCUCAAGAGACAUCAACAAGAGCUUAUGGCUAAGAGUUUGCCGAAGAAAAAAGCUCUGCCGGGUGUGAAACACGUUGUUCUGGUGGCUUCGGGCAAGGGUGGGGUAGGGAAGUCCACGACGGCAGUCAAUUUAGCCUUGGCCAUGACUCGCAUGGGACCAUCUUUGAACGUAGGAUUGUUGGAUGCCGACAUCUAUGGGCCAUCAAUUCCACUCAUGAUGAAUUUGGAGGGUCGACCAGACGUUAGUUCUAACAAAAAGAUGGUCCCUCUUACGAACUAUGGGGUCAAAUGCAUGUCCAUGGGUUUCCUUGUGGAACCAGGGCAAGCCGUGGUAUGGCGAGGACCAAUGGUUAUGGGCGCCACGGAGAAGAUGAUUUUCCAAACUGACUGGCAGCCUUUGGACUACUUAGUCAUCGACUUGCCCCCUGGGACGGGUGACAUCCACCUUUCCAUCGCCCAAUCUUUGGAGGUGUCCGGAGCAGUCGUGGUCUCUACCCCACAACGAGUGGCUUUGGCCGACGCCCAAAAAGGCGUAACCAUGUUUGACAAGGUGAACAUUCCAAUGUUAGGUCUGGUCGAGAACAUGAACGCCUUCGUUUGUGGAGGGUGCGGAGAGGUCAGUCACGUGUUCGGCCAUGAUGGGGUGACCAGUUUGGCACAUGAACUUCAAGUCCCACUUUUGGGCAGUGUGCCUCUGGAUCCAAGAGUAAUGAGGGCUUGUGAUGAAGGCAAGCCGUUAGUGAUAUCUCAUCCAGAGAGCCUACCCGCCAAGACUUAUCUUGACAUUGCCCAAAAAGUGUAUGAACAAUCAUCGACGGAAUAAGAAACUUGUUUCCAAGUUUUUUGAUUUCGAAUUGAGUGAGGUUUUUAACAUAAAAAAAUAGUGGAUGCUUUGUAAACUUUCAA